UUUCCCAGUUUAAAAAAAAAAUUCAAGUGUCCUACAGAAUUUUCCAAAAUAUUAAAAAAUACGACACGAAAACGACUUGUCUAUCCGCUUUCCUAUUGGCCGGAGCUUGACUCAUGUGACUCCACACGGAAAAACCGCCUCACUUCCGCCAGGCGGCGAAUCCCUCGGGUUCGGAGCUUCCAAGACCUGGUAUGGCCGUCUGGGACUGUGGUGUCGGUGUCUCCCGUGAGCGUCCCCCCCCUCCGCGCCAUGGCAUCGUCCCAGGGUCGGCGGCGGAGGCCAGGGACGGUGGUACCCGGGGAAGCGGCUGAGACCGACUCGGAGCUGUCUGCGUCCUCGUCGGAGGAGGAGGAGCUAUACCUGGGUCCCUCGGGCCCGACGCGCGGCCGCCCCACGGGGCUCCGCGUGGUCGGAGAGGCAGCGGAGACCGACUCGGAACCGGAGCCUGAGCCCACGGAGGCGCCAGGAGACCUACCCCCACUCGUGGUGCAGCGCGAGGCGGAGGAGACCUGGGGCACGGAAGAGACCCCGGCCGUGGCGCCUGCGCGCUCUCUCCUGCAGCUCCGGCUGGCGGAUAGCCAGACGCGUCUGAACCACGACGUGGCGGCCGCGGUGAGCGGCGUGUACCGCCGUGCGGGCCGGGAUGUGGCCGCUCUGGCCGGGAGGCUGGCAGCUGCUCAGGCCACGGGAUUGGCGGCCGCCCACAGCGUGCGCCUGGCUCGCGGGGACCUCUGUGCGCUUGCCGAGCGCCUGGACAUCGUAGCUGGCUGUCGCCUGCUGCCGGACAUACGAGGGGUACCAGGCAUCGAGCCCGAACAAGACCCAGGACCGAGAGCUUAGGCUGACUCACUGUUAUCCCCCUCCCGCACACACACCUGACUGUCUGUCCUUGAUCCCGGAUCACUGCGGUCCUCAAUGCCUCAUAGCCGUUGGUUUAUGCCAACAGGAGCCAAGUCCUGGCAUCUUCAUUGAUUUGUCCCGAUUUUAUUUAUUCUUAGCACAAUUCUGGGAUCCCCACCCCCAAAACUGGGUCCAGGUUUUGUGGACAUCAACUCUGGUGUAUUUUCUAAAUCAAGCUUUACUCAUGGGCUUUGAUUUCUUUUGUGUUACUUCCCUGGGUCCAGGCUUGCGGGGAACGGGCUCCCUCUAGUUUACAUGCCCAAAUGGUGGCCACUCCUGACCCAAGGAGACCUUUCUACACACCCCACAGACCCCUGCAGGACCCAAGCUGGGCCUAGGUAGUAACCCUUACCCCUCUUCUGACACCCAUCAGGCCCUUUGGUCUGGCGCAGCGCCCCCAGGUGUUUUGACUGCUAUAUGACAUGACUCCAUACAGUAAAAACCUACCACUCACUGUGUUGGUUUCUGGAUGCUAAAGGGACAUGGGUUGCUAACCUCGCUGGGCACUGAAGACAACAGUUUCGUUUUUCUUCUUUGGGUCCUGACUUUACUCUCUUCGCUCUAUUUACUUUCCUUCCCUUUGUCUUAUUGCCUGGUCCUCCUAAGAUGGGGAGGUGGGAGAGAAAUUCUCUGACUGACACGGCAUUUCCCCAUGAAGUCACUUCCACUGUCUCCCUUUUGACCAAAGGUGAGUGGGAUGGUGAUUUCUCCAGAGAAGGGUCUCAGAGGCACCUGCCUGGCCUGUUUAAGGUGAAGCCGGGGCCUGGAGAGCUCUUGGAGCAGACCUCGGUGGCAGCUCACAGCCAGUUGCAGCUUUUGCUUCAGUUUAUCCAAGCUGCCUUCCCACCUACACUCGGUGCACACGCGCACACACAUACAUACACAAAGAAAAACCUCACGGUAAAGCUCUUAGAAGAUCAGAGCCAGGAAUGGAGAGAUGGCUCAGUGGUUGAGAACACU